AUGCUACUCUGGGUGUUCUUUCUCGUGAUCCUCACCCUUAGCAGUGGCUCCCACUGCUCCCCACUCUCCCUGCCCCUCAGGAUGCCACGGUAUGCAGAUGCCAUCUUCACCAACAGUUACCGGAAGGUGCUUGGACAAUUGUCUGCCCGCAAACUGCUCCAGGACAUCAUGAGUAGGCAGCAGGGAGAGAGAAACCAGGAGCAAGGAGCAAAGGUACGGCUUGGCCGAGAUGUGGACAGCAUGUCGGCAGACCAAGAGCAGAGAGCAUUAGAUAGCAUCCUGGUGUCCUUGCUGCAGAAACACAGGUAG